UCUGGUAUAACGUAAUCUCCUCCCGCUACUUUACCAACCUUUUCCUUGAAUCACCAUCAUCCUCGAAACCACCACGUUUGCUCCUCUCUCUUGUGGACCAUGAAGACCAGCGCAAGUAUGCAUUCCUCUCAACAUCAUCAUCAUCAUCAUCGCCGCGGCAUGAUCAGUCUGCCUCUGUACUAGACCAAUAUCUAGACAUGCCCGGACUCCGAGGCUACUUCGUGAAUGCUCUUCGUGGCUUGCUCUGUGUCAGACUUGGGAGAAAAUUGCGAAUCUGUAACCUCACCACCAAGCAGCUGCUUAGCAUAGUUUGGGAUGUGAGCAAGGAAGACGGGACAGUUAGAUGUGAGCAUCAGGUGUUGGUACUUGGUCCUGGAGCUUCUUGGAGAAGCCCUUAUACUACUAGUACCAUUCCUCCUCAUCGUCCUUUCUCACAAGGUAUCUCCAUCAACGGUGUUUUGUACUACGGAGCUUGGACUGAUGCAAAUAGAUGUGUGGUUGUGAGUUUUAACUUGAUUUCUGAAGAGUUCAGUUUGAUUGAAUUACCCGUUGAAGCUGGCAUAGUCUGGCAUACAUAUCGCUCUAACAUUGUCAACUACCAAGGCAAGUUAGCUGUUUUUGAUUACUCCCAACAUGAGGCUAAUGCAACUGUGGACCUGUGGGUUAUGGAGGAUGAGGGGAAGAUGAAUUGGUCUAACAAGACUCUGGUCUUCCCCCUUUCCAAUAUCAAUUUUGUCCAAGGCGAGAGCUUGGGGAUCCUAGGGACUGGCCAUUGCAGAGAGAUUAGGCUGGCAAAGACAAAUCUCUUUUUAUUUUUUUUGAUGGUUCAUCAUUAUUGUAUACUUUUGAUGUCCCUAACAUUGUAUUGCAAAAGGCUUCAAAUACCAUUUAGCUCGUAUAUGGGUUUACAAUUUAUUCACUUGCAAAUUAUGAUCAAAAUAUGA